AGACGGCGAAGUGCUGUUGAGCCAGCCAGCUGGGUUGGCGGCUAGCGCGUUCUACGAACACACGGAAAAUACAUACAAACGCUUCUAACGUUCUUAUGUGUGUACGUGUGUGUCUACUAUAGCGAAGUCGAAUUGAAUUUGGACUUGAGAUUGAAUCGAAUUCGUGAAUUCAGUAUUCCGGCGAACGAAUAAACGUGCGAACGUGUACGCCGCGACGAAUUUGGCGAAAAUAGCAAAGUGAGCUUGAAGUAGUGACUUCUAAGACGUGUGCUAUUUAUUAUAAUUUAUUUACUAUAGAUGUGUUUUCCUCACCGCGUGUGUCCCGCAUCUGAUAAGCCCCACUAUCGGACAUUAUGCGGUCGCUGUAAUUAAAGUAAACUUCAAUUAGACAACCAUUGCAGUGUUUGAAUGCACUUGUAGACGCCACGGCCAGCUACCAACGGCACUUACCGCAGCCAACGCCAGGAAUAUAAUGUAAAUAUUUACAUCGGGCUAAUAAAAAGUGCUUUAACGGUAGUUUUAAUGAGCCAAGUGAACAGUACAACAAAAAAGAGAAACAAAGCUUAAAAUAGCAAAGAAAAAGUGAAACAGAAAUAAAAAAUAAGAGCCACUAAAAGGCCAAGAGCAACAGAAUUAUUAAAAAAGUACCGUUAGUUAUAGCCAUUCUGCCACGUGCAGAUCGUUGUAUAUAGCCAUUGGCUGUGAAACAAAAACUGAGUGCAACUAAGUGAUGCUAAGCAUAAGUAAAUGAGUGCAAUAACAACAACAACACCAACAAUUCCAAACAACAGUUAGAAUCGGCGAUAACAGCAUCAGUAAUGGUGGUAACAAGCGCAUUAUCGCUAUAGAACCAGCUUACUGUGGCCAAAAUACCAACAACAGCGACCACAAAAACAACAACACUCAUCCAUCUGAAAGACCAUCCAUCGUUUAAUGACUGCAACACAAAAACAAUUGCACGGAAAUUCAUAAAUCAAGCGAAGUAAAUAUUUGGAAAGCAACAGUAAACAACAGCAAAAUAUAUAAGCAGCACUACGCAACCUAACUUCAGAGAAGUGGAGCCGCCGCCAAAGCAUUAUCUGUCAACAGACAACGACCAGUCCAGUCCAGUACAGUUAUAUAUUUGGGUCAUUCAUUGAAACAAGCCAUCCACUUAACCACUUAAAGCGGUCAUACUGAACGGUUAUACACCCAAAAAGACUUGCUACGCAACAGGCCCACCCCCAGAAGAAAAAUCAUUUACAUACACACCGACACAAGUACAAAGGAACGCAGAACAGGGAAAGUACAUUUACCAGUCGAGCCAAAGCAUCAGGCUAAUCUCAGUUUCUACAUUAUUGUUGUGCCACAGGAAAAGUGUUCACAGUUGCACUGGCGCACUACAGACAACACUUCAAUAGCACCAACAACCACAACAACGCCCCCAAUUUCGUUGCCGGCGGUAGUGGUUUUGGUGUCGGUGCUGGGGCGGGCGCUGGAGUGCCCGUUAUUAUGGAAGGCCCCGAGGUGACUUUCCUCUUUCAAUUUGGCAGUUUGCGCGAUGCUGUCUCUGUGGCCGCCAGCAGUUUGACGCUGAAGUCGCUUAAGGACUUAGCAUGUGAAUUUAUCAAUACAAAGAUACCCGACAGUGGUUUGACACAUUUACCAGAGCGUGUACUACUUUUCCGUCAUGACUACAACAGUCCAAAUGUCCUGCACAUUAUCAACUCGGCUUCGGAAGUGGUCGACGAGACUUUGGUAGAAAUUGUACUGACAGCCAGCCCCAUUUUGUAUCCCACAUCGGAAAUGCCAACGCUAAAGCCACACACGCUCAAUGUACAUUCGUACAAGGCGCCAACAUUUUGUGAUUUCUGCGGAGAAAUGUUGUUUGGCUUGGUGCGCCAAGGACUCAAAUGUGAUGGUUGCGGCCAAAACUACCAUAAACGCUGUGUGGUGAAAAUACCCAACAAUUGCAGUCGCCCGAACGAUUCAACCUCGAGACGAUCGUCGGCCUUACAGCCGCCACGCAGUCCUUCUGGUGGCUCAACACAAUCACUAAUCUCCAACGAAGACCAGGCGCGAAGCGAUGGCGGCAGCUCACUGAGUGUUCCGCAUUAUCGCAGUCACAGUCGCUCUCCGUCCUCAAGUAGCCGAAAUGGCACCCACGGCAGCAAUCAUUGCCUCGGCGCCAACAUUUCCAUGUACACACCCACGUUUGCUUACGCCGAAAAAAUACGCAUACCGCACACCUUCAUGGUGCACACUUAUGGCAUACCGACCGUCUGUCAAUACUGCAAGAAACUGCUGAAGGGUCUGUUUAAGCAAGGUCUGCAAUGUAAGGAUUGUCAAUACAAUGCGCACAAGAAGUGUUUAGACAAAGUGCCACACGACUGUACCGGAGAGCGACAGUUACAAGCCAACGAUUAUGCGGACAACACGCCCACACAUGGGCAUGCAGCGAAAGCGGGUGACAACUUCUUUCGCGAAGAGUUCGAUGAUAGUGAUUUCGAAGACAAUCCGUCGCCAAGUGCUAGCGGUGGCUAUAUGGGUAGCGCGGCUCAAAGGUAUGGCACAGCGACUGCUGGAGCAAAAUCCGCGCGUUCAGGGGUGCCAAAGACCACAACGAAUGCACACAAUUCGCCACCGGAACUGGUUAAUGGGCUGGUUGGGAGCACGGAUGGACGUAGCGCCGGCGAAGGACAGUCAAUUGAUGGCCAAUCGGAGCAAUCGAGCUCCUCGUCAUCGCCCAGUGCCAAUAUACCUUUGAUGCGUAUUGUACAAUCUGUGAAGCAUACAAAGAAACGUGGCGGCCAAGCCAUCAAAGAGGGUUGGCUAGUUCACUAUACUAGCUUAGAUAAAACAGUGAAACGACACUAUUGGCGCUUGGAUUCGAAGACGCUAACGCUGACGCUAUUCCUCUCGGAACAGGGUAGUAAAUAUCACAAGGACAUACCGCUCUCGGAAAUCCAAGGUAUAGACACAAAUCGUGAUUUGCGCGUAGACAACAACUAUUGCUUCGAACUUAAGACCGCUACGAUCAGCUAUUAUGUGGGCCAAGAUCCAUUGGUGGGCAUACGUGAAGAGCAAGCGGUAAGACUGCCACCGUCAGACAGCGGAAUCGGCUCCGACAUUGCCAAGAGCUGGGAGACAAUCAUCAGACAGGCCUACAUGCAUGUAACAAAUACACAAUGCUGCGAAUCUGAGGAAAACGUGCAGGAUAUGGGACAGCUGUAUCAAAUAUUCCCGGAUGAAGUGCUUGGCUCGGGUCAAUUCGGUGUUGUUUACGGUGGUGUUCACAAAAAAACCAAACGCGAAGUGGCCAUUAAAGUGAUUGAUAAGUUGCGGUUUCCCACCAAGCAGGAAGCACAACUCAAAAAUGAAGUUGCCAUAUUGCAGAACAUCUCACAUUGUGGUGUUGUGAAUUUGGAGCGCAUGUUCGAGACGCCUGAACGCAUAUUUGUCGUGAUGGAAAAGCUUAAGGGUGAUAUGUUGGAGAUGAUUCUUUCGCACGAGCGCGGACGGCUCAGUGAACGAGUGACGAAAUUCCUCAUUACACAGAUACUCAUAGCGCUAAAGCACUUGCACAGCAAAAAUAUUGUGCAUUGUGACUUGAAGCCGGAAAAUGUCUUGCUCUCCUCCGACGCCGAAUUUCCACAAGUCAAACUGUGUGAUUUCGGUUAUGCCAGAAUUAUUGGGGAGAAAUCAUUUAGGCGCUCAGUUGUGGGAACACCAGCCUACUUGGCGCCUGAGGUGUUGCGCAACAAGGGAUACAACCGCUCACUGGAUAUGUGGAGUGUUGGUGUUAUAAUUUAUGUCAGUUUGAGCGGCACGUUCCCCUUCAACGAGGAGGAGGAUAUAAAUGAUCAGAUCCAAAAUGCCGCAUUCAUGUAUCCACCAAACCCAUGGAAGGAGAUCUCCUCUAAUGCCAUCGAUCUCAUCAACAACCUGCUGCAGGUUAAGCAGCGGAAGCGCUACACGGUCGACAAAAGUCUACAGCACUAUUGGCUGCAAGACAAGCAAACCUAUCGCGACUUGCGUAAUUUGGAGGGUCAGGUGGGCACACGUUAUCUAACGCAUGAGGCGGACGACAUACGGUGGGCCAGCAGCGGUGACAUGUGACCUGUUGAUGCAGCGACCGAUGAUGCUGAUACGCAGGAAGCAAACCACGAAGACAAAGUGCAACCAGAAGAGAAACACCAACCGCAAUUUUCACAAUUAUCAGUCGGUGAGCAACAACGGCCACGCCAACGUCAAAAGUCAUCCAUAGAACAACAACCACAACAACACCAGCACAUCGACGCUGAUGCUUGUGGCUGCCGCAGUUUACCCAACACGCCAAAGGUGGAAGCUAUCGGCGAUAAGGCCAUCAAAUGGAUGCGCGGUCAUCUGUGUCGGAAUGUGAAAUGAGAUUUAUAUACAAACACACAUACAUACACAAACAAACAAAGUAGUUACACAAAUUAAAAGUGUAUGAAUAUGAAAUCCAAUUUGAAAAUCCUUAGAAAAAGCCAUGAAAACAAAAGAAUUUUUAGUGAAUAUUUAUAGAAAUUACUAAACUAACUACCACUACAUAUACACGUACAUACAUAAUACGCAUAUACAAAAUUCUCUAAAGUGCCCAAUAGGCGAAUUUGUUUCUUUACAAAUUUAUCUAUAACUAACAAAUGAACAAAAUGUCGAAUGAACGAAUUAUGCGAGUAUUUACAGGACAUAUUGCUCUAAUUCUGAAUUACUAAGUGUGCUAAGCCAAUUAUAUUAUUAUUUUUACCUCAAGAACUGGACUCUACGUAGCUUGAUUAUACAUAAUACCGUUAGUUAACGGUAAACUUUGAUUCUAAAAAUAUUUGUCUCACUUGUUUCUUUACUUUCUUAGAUUAAGACACAUUUUCGGCAAUGGAGCAUAUGCACUGUAACUGUAAAUGUACAUUAUAUAUAUAGAAUUUUCCUCUAAACCGUACCUUUCUCGAUUUUCGUAUGGAAUUGUAAUUGACUUUUACUUAAUAUAGAAUAAAAAAGGAAAAUAAUUAAAUUACACUUAUAAAUAAAUAAAUACAUUUAAAUAUUAAUGGUGACGCCAAAUAACGGCAAAUAAAUUACAAAUGCUUACAACAACUGAACCAUAGUGCUAAAUUUUUUCUCCACAAUUCUAUACACCAAUCCCAUAAAGGGUUAGAUAAUGCCAACAUAAUAGAUUAACAUAAAAAACAUAGACUCUAUGCUAUAUACUCUAUGUACAAUUAUUACGAUCGCUAAGAUCGGUCUUAUGAUAUAAUGUGUUAUUAGUAUGAUGCGCAUCUUUAUUUUUCGAAAUAAAUAUUGGAUAUUUGCAAUUAAGCAAAAUGUAA